CGAUAAAUCGCUGCAGACCAUGUUGGGCGCUUCCUCCUCUGUACCGUUUCAUUCGGCUUCGCUGUACGUCGGUGAUCUCGCCACAGAUGCCUCGGAGGGACUCCUCUUCGAAAUAUUCAAUACAGUCGGUCCAGUUGCUUCGAUCCGCGUAUGUCGAGAUGCCGUGACGCGACGGAGCCUCGGUUAUGCCUAUGUCAACUUCCACAACGUCUCUGAUGCGGAGCGGGCGUUGGAUACUAUGAACUACACGUUGAUUAAGUCAAAACCAUGCAGGAUCAUGUGGUCGCAACGGGACCCGACAUUGCGCAAGUCUGGUGUUGGCAAUGUCUUUGUCAAAAAUCUGGACUCAUCCAUCGACCACAAAGCUCUGUUUGACACAUUCUCUCUCUUCGGGAACAUUCUGUCGUGUAAGGUGGCAACAGAUGAGGCGGGUCGGUCGCAAGGGUAUGGCUAUGUUCAUUACGAAUCCGAGGAUGCUGCAACAGAUGCCAUAAACAAGAUUAACUCGAUGACUAUAUGUGACAAGGAGGUUUAUGUUGGCCACUUCGUGAGGCGUACAGAGCGGUCCGGGCAAUCAGACUGGACAAACCUGUAUGUCAAGAAUUUUCCUGCUGAUUGGGACGAAGCAACGCUUCGCAAGGCUUUCGAGAUGUUCGCUGCUGCUGAUGGUUCUGCAUUUGGCUGGGUGAACUUUGAGGGUCACGACGCAGCCGUUGCCGCGAUGGACGCCCUAAACGGGGCGAGUGAGCUGCCUGGACACGCUGGAACCGCCCCAAUCACUCUCAAGUCCCCGCUUUUCGUGGGUCGUGCGCAGAAGAAGGUAGAGCGCGAACGCGAACUGAAGGCCAAAUUUGAUGCAGCCAAAAUUGAGCGCAUCAAAAAAUAUCAAGGCGUGAACCUCUUCGUCAAAAACCUUGACGAUGCCUUAGAUGAUGAUCAGUUGCGAGAGCAUUUCACCGAAUAUGGUACGAUCACCUCCGCUCGUGUCAUGCGCGAACCAGCCACUGGUACAUCCCGUGGCUUUGGAUUUGUCUGUUUUUCCUCACCCGAGGAAGCCGCAAAGGCAGUCACAGAAAUGAACAAUAAGCUUGUUCUUGGCAAACCAAUAUUUGUUGCGCUCGCCCAGCGUAAAGAGGUCCGCCGCGCACAGCUCGAGGCGCAACAUGCACAACGUCUUCACCCUGCGCAUCUUAGUGCGCCAUAUGGUGCCGCAAUGCCGAUCAUGUACGCGGCUGGAGCACCUGGCGGUCAUCCUAUGGGCAUGGCGCCUCAGGGCCACCCCGGUGUCCCCAUUGCCGGUCAGAUGCAACAAAUGAGCAGCCAGGGGGGUUCAAAUCGGCGUUCAAGGAAUCGUGGUGGUCAGGGCGGCCAAGGUCAAGGUGCGCAGCAAUAUAAGUACACUCAAAAUGCCCGUAACGCUGCCAGCAUGCCUCCAAAUAUGCCACAACUCCCUCCGCAAGCACAUCUUAUGCCGCCCACAGUGGGUCAACAGCCUGGUCAAGGGUUCCCCGGUGGCCCUGGUGUUGCACCACCCAUGCCACCUUUACCUCUCCAGCAGCCGCCACCGCCUGGUUCUAGCCAGUCUCAACGGCGAGCGCCUGAGGACCCGCUCACAUUAUCAGCUCUUGCUAAUGCAUCCCCGACCUUACAGAAGAAUAUGAUUGGCGAGCGACUCUACCCUUUGAUUCAUCAUUCGCAACCAGAGCUGGCUGGAAAGAUUACUGGUAUGUUACUCGAGAUGGACAAUUCCGAGCUCCUGCAUUUACUUGAGUCACCAGAUGCGCUCCGCAUGAAGGUGGCCGAGGCCCUCGAAGUGCUAAAACAGCACCAAGCGCAGCUCCAGCAAGUCCCCCGCGAAGAAGCUGCUUAGGGGGCGCGAUGCCUUAAGUUCCCUUUGCGC